AUGAGGCUCCUGAUUCUUGCUGUGUUUGCCCUGCCCUGCAUGGCCUGCUGUGAGGAAGGGGCCAAGCUCCUGGCCUCCAAAUCACUAUUAAACAGAUAUGCUGUGGAGGACUGGACUCUGCGGUACAUCACCUGCACCGCUUGCUCCAGUGCUGCCUUAAAUGCGGAGCUGUCGAAUGAUUCUUUUCCCUUGGAGAAUUUUGGCAUUGUCUCUGGGAUAUUCAAUGUCAAGUGGCUCCAGAUCACUUGGGAUCUUCUCAUGUUUUGAAAUUUCUCCCCUCCCAGCCCUCUGAGUAAUGUGUCCCACGCUGUGAUUCUGUGGCCUCUCGAAGCUGCGUGCUUCGACUUCACCUCUGCUACUGUCGCAUACCUGGCAGAGGGUGGGCAGGUGAUGGUUGGUUUCCUGAGUGCUCCUGGGCAGGGAGGAAUCCUGGCUCAGCGUGAGUUUGACAGGAGGGUCUCGCCUUGCUUUCUGGACUGGGCAGCUUUCGGCAUGAUGACUCUGCCCUCCAUCGGGACACUGCUGCCGUGGGACUUGAGCGAGAGAAAAUGCAACACCCCCAAGACCAAAAAGAAAGGCAGGGACUACAGGGAGGAGGAGAUCGCCCAGCUGGGGAGUUGGGCGCAGGGCUGGUACCCGCCGGGCAUCGCCGCCAAGACCGGGGUGCCAUGGGGCCCACCCGCCGCCCUGCUGACAG